UUCGUGCGUUCGUGCAACCGAACGGUUUGUAAAACGUUUGCAGUUGAUUCUCAAUCGUCAAGUCGAUUAAGUGAUAUAUAUAACACAAAAAUCUUAAAUCUUGUGAUUUUAACAUUAUAAUCGAAAAUAUAAUCGAGUGCUAAACUUUUUUUCUUACUAAUAAACUUACUAAUAAACGUAUUGAAAUUUUAUUUGUGGUUAUUUUGAAAGAAACAAUGUCGAAAAGAGCUGACGAGUUAAAAUUGGAUAUUGAAGAAUUUAAUAAUUUACUUCAACAAGCAAGUCGUCAGAGAAGUAAAGAUAUUCUUAAUCUUGAAAUUAGAAAAUUGCAAACAGAGUUAGCAAAAUUAAUUGAAGAAAAUAAAAUAUCUCAUACAAUAUCAUCUAAUGUAGUAUCUAAUUCCUCUAAAAAAUGUUAUGAAGUUAAACUUAAUAACUAUGGUUGGGAUCAAACAAAUACUACAGUAAAAUUGUACAUUACAUUGAAAGAUGUACAUCAAUUACCUAAAGAAGCUGUGAUUUGUAAUUUUACUGAAAAAUCUUUAGAUCUGCAUGUUCUUGGAUUAGAUAAUAAAAAUUAUAGUUUAACAAUUAAUAAUUUAUGUGAAGAUAUUAAUACAGAUAACAGUACUGUUAAAACUAAAACGGAUAUGGUGGUUGUGUCUCUUGCCAAAAAAAUUGCUAAGCAUUGGUCACAUGUAACAGGAAUAGAAAAGAGAAUCAAGGAAUCAAAAACAUCUUCAGUUCCAGACAUUGGUGAAGAUAAUGAUCCUGGUACUAGUUUGAUGAAUUUAAUGAAGAAGAUGUAUCAAGAAGGAGAUGAUGAAAUAAAAAAGACAAUAGCCAAAGCAUGGACAGAAAGUCAGGAGAAAAAAGCUGCUGGAUUAUCAGAUUAUUCUUAAUUUCAUAUUUAUAAAUAUAUAAGUUUAUUAUUUUAUAAGUUAUUAAUGUACAAACCAAUCUACAUGUAAAAUAUUAAAAUAUAAAAAUGCUUUUAUAUAUAAG